UCUGCAAGUGGGCAGAGCAAAUACAGCGGCUCGUGCGCUGUGGCUAGAAAUCAGGAAUCUCAUCUUCGCAGUCUGCUCAACACCUCGUCGUCUCCGCACGCUCUCUCCCUGGAUUUUCGAAGUCUGAACACCGCCGACAGAAACCACAAAAGAACAGAGGCAGGAUGCAACCGAUUGGACUCCGUCCACUGAGAUGUUACUGAGCGAUGAGGAUGGGUCAGAGAAGGAAAUCACGCCGACUCACCGCAGCCCCAACAGCUCUCUGUCAAGUCAGCAUGGCGACACCCUUCUUGUGGAAGCUGUCAUCCCAGAAGCUGGGCUUCUUCCUGGUCAGCUUUGGGUUCAUCUGGGGCAUGAUGCUUCUGCAUUUCACCAUCCAGCAGCGUGCCAGCCACGAGAACAGCGCUGUGCUCAGGCAGCAGAUCCUGGACCUCAGCAAGCGCUACAUCAAGGCCCUGGCUGAGGAGAACCAAAGUGUCAUGGAUGGGCCCUAUGUGGGUACCAUGACAGCUUACGACUUAAAGAAGACCCUUGCAGUGCUGCUGGAUAACAUCAUGCUGAGGCUGGGCAAGCUGGAGUCCAAGGUGGAAAACAUCUACAACGGCACGGGGGGCAACCUGACCAACGGCACUAGCACUGCCACGCCCAGCGCCACAAACGCUGAAAAGGUUAACGUGGCAGACCUCCUAAAUGGAGCCCAGGAGAAGUGUGAGCUGCCGUCUUUGGAUGGUUUCCCUCACUGCGAGGGCAAGCUCAAGUGGAUGAAGGAGAUGUGGCGCUCAGACUCCUGCUAUUCCAACUACGGCGUCGAUGGAUCCACCUGCUCCUUCUUCAUCUACCUCAGCGAGGUGGAGAACUGGUGUCCUCGCCUGCCCUGGAGGGCAAAGACCCUGAAUGAAGAAAUAGACAGGAGGGGACAGGCGGAGGUCCGGACCAGUUUCGAGGAGCUUUACCGCGUGAUGUCCCAACGCGAGGAGUUCCGCUGGAUGAUGCUGAGGAUCAAACGCAUGGCUGAGCCGUGGGUCAGCGCCAUCCGCUCACUGGCUGCCAAGCAGAACCUGGCUAGACGUCGGAGGAAGAAGAUCUUGGUGCACUUGGGCCUGCUGACUAAGGAGUCGGGCUUCAAAAUAGCAGAAAACGCCUUCAGCGGUGGCCCUUUGGGCGAGUUGGUCCAAUGGAGUGAUCUCAUAACCACGCUGUACCUGCUGGGCCAUGAUGUUCGCAUCUCCGCCUCCCUGGCCGAGCUCAAAGAGAUCAUGCGCAAGGUCAUGGGGAAUAAGUCCAGUUGCCCAACCCAGGGUGACAAGGUGGUUGAGCUCAUCUACAUUGACAUUGUCGGCCUCACGCAGUUUAAGAAAACGCUGGGACCUUCCUGGGUCCACUACCAGUGCAUGUUGCGGGUGCUGGAUUCGUUCGGGACAGAACCAGAAUUCAACCACGCCCACUACGCCCAGUCCAAGGGUCACAAGACGCCCUGGGGGAAGUGGAACCUCAACCCGCAGCAGUUCAACACCAUGUUCCCUCACACCCCAGACAACAGUUUCCUGGGCUUCGUCGUGGAGCAGCACCUCAACGCCAGCGACAUCAAGCACAUCGAUGACAUCAAGAGACAGAACCAGUCUCUAGUCUACGGCAAGGUUGACAACUUCUGGAAGGACAAAAAGAAAUACCUUGACGUCAUCCACAGCUACAUGGAGGUCCACGGCACCGUGCACGGCACCAGCACCGUGCACCUCCCGAGCUACGUCAAGAACCAUGGCAUCCUGAGCGGCCGAGACCUGCAGUUCCUCCUCCGGGAAACCAAGUUGUUUGUGGGUCUGUCCUUCCCCUACGAGGGACCUGCCCCCCUGGAGGCCAUUGCCAACGGCUGUGCGUUCCUCAACCCCAAAUUCAACCCUCCAAAGAGCAGCAAAAACACAGACUUCUUCAAGGGCAAACCCACUCUGAGAGAGCUGACCUCUCAACAUCCGUAUGCUGAGGUGUACAUCGGUCAACCCCACGUGUGGACGGUGGAUAUCGAGAAUUCUGCCGAGGUGGAGCGGGCCAUCCGCUCGAUCCUCAGCCAGAAGAUUGAGCCCUAUCUGCCCUAUGAGUUCACCUGCGAGGGGAUGCUGCAGAGAGUCAACGCCUUCAUUGAGAACCAGGACUUCUGCCACGGCCAGGUGAUGUGGCCUCCUCUCAGCGCUCUGCAGGUCAAACUGGCCGAGCCUGGUCGCACCUGUAAGCAGGUGUGUCAGGAGGAGCAGCUCAUCUGUGAGCCCUCCUUCUUCCAGCACCUCAACAAGGACAAGGACCUGGCCAGGUUUGGCGUGGACUGUCAGACGGUGGAGUCGAGCGCCGACACGGUGGUCCCGGCCUAUAGUGAGGUUCGCCACCACUGCAUCUUCCAGUCUGACCUGCUACUGUUCAGCUGCGCGGGCUCCCACCCAUCGCUGCAGCGCAUCUGCCCCUGCCGUGACUACAUGAAGGGCCAGGUGGCGCUCUGCAAAGACUGCCUAUAGCACCAGCACACAGGCUGAUGGGGUGGGGGGACUGACAGAGGAUUGGGCGGAUUUUUAGGGGGUUUGGGGCAUGGCUGGAUGAGGUUAAAUGAAAUCGAAACAGCUUAACAAGUGUCUGAGUGUGUUUGUGAGACAUGCAGCUAUCAGUCAAACACACACGCCUGACUUUUUUGUGGGAAGCUGUCUGGACAGAAAAAACAUUCAUAGGACCGAGCGUCUUCAUCAUAUUUAUUGUUUCCCCCAGCUGCUGGAAGUGAAGCACUCCUGCAGCCAACCCAAGCACCCGUCAACCAUCCGGUUCACCAGCGGUGGCGCUGCGAGUCCUGGAAGCAGUGUAAAAAUUACUUGAAUCAACAAAGGGAGACGUCUCAGACUUUAAAAUUGGAGCAAACGAGCUCUCUUCUGCCACCUUGGUAGACUCCACAUAUCAGUGACUGCCUGCCUGUUUGUCUUCAGGUUCACCAGGGCAGCAAGGGACCAAGGAGACUGAAAUGCCCCCUUCCUGACAGCCAACCCCCUCCCCCUCCAUCCACCUCCCCCUCCAUCCACCUCCCCCUGGUCAAUCUGAAACUGUUUAUUCUUUAGGUAGGUUUGCACUGGACUGGCAUGCCUGAAGGCCCGCUUCCCCCCCAAUACACAGACACACACAUACAUAUAUACAUACACACACACACACAGGGGGACUGUCCCAGGCUUAACAGAUGGUGGCUUAAGAAGAACCCAGUUUUACACUGUAACCAACUCCUCUCAUCUGGUUGAACGCGAUGAGAGCGGACAUGUAACGUAGAUAUCUAGAUUUUUAUUCUGGACGUUUUAUCAUUUCCUGACACAUAUUCCAGAAAUGAAGGUGGUCUGCAUUCCCCCUUCAAAAGACAGAAUAGUCCAGUCGCAGUCACUCGUGGGCACGGUCUGCCCCUUGAUUUUCAUACGUUUAAGUUGCACACUUGUUUUAAAUGAUUUGAUGGUGACAAAAAGUUACAAAGAGGGUCGAGCGUGUGUGUUUCUAUGAAAGGCCAGUAGUGUAUGCGUAAAUAUUUGUUUGUUCAAAAUAAGGUACUACGCACACACACUGAGCGGUGAGGAUCGGGGAGUAGGUUGAGGGUCAUUCUCUGUAGCUUAAGCUCUUGCGUCGGAGUCGUAGGAUGCCGUGACGUUGUGUCAUAGAUGAUAGGCUGUCGUCAGUAGCAGCGGUAACACCUCGAGGCAUCGCAGGCUAGGGAGCGUUAACAGCAACACGUUUUCCCAGCGCCUGCAGAGAAACAUGAAAACCUUCCAGAGAUGUUUUGUCUGUUUUGUCUUUAUGUGCACAAAGUCAACUGUUAGAGAAUACACAGCUCCACACUCCUCUCCCCAUGUACCAGACAACUGCUGUAAAUCCUUUCGAGCAAACUGUACGCAACAAAAAAUGUGCCAACAAAGCGUUCCUGCAACGCACAACCUCGCAUCUCCUAGUUUCCUUUGAAUAAUCGUUAGGAUCUUAAUUUGCCUGCAGAUUUGCAAAGAAAAAAAAAUUAAAAUGAAAAUAAAAUUCGUAGUUCUUGUGGUGAAUGGGGGAAAAAAUGCACUACGUUAAUCUAUUUGCAGAGGUUUAACAAGGUAUUAGUGACACUGUAUAUUGUUCAUAUUGGUUUUAAAGUUUUUCUUUUGUAUUUAUUUUGUAUACAGAUCUUUAUCUCUGUGUUUUGCUGGAAAUCUUUGUUUUUUUUUUUAUUUAUAAGAGGGGUGUUUUCCUGCUUUUUUCCUUUUUUAUAGAUUUUUAUUUAUGGAGAGUAAUUUAAACAAAAAGAAUAAAAAAUAAGCAAGCUUAUGUUCAAGUAUAUGAAGGUGGGGAGGAUUUGUCUACUUCUGGUCAGCUUAUAGCAGUGAUGUGAGGAGUAACACUCCUGUCCAUAAUACGGAGUUAUAUUUGGGCCUUUUUUUUGUGUGUGUGCGUGUGUCUUUUCUUUUGUUCUUCCUGUCAUCACUGUCUCUUGAAGAUGGACAGUAGUGGACAAACGUGUCUUGUUUCAUUGCGAAAGCCAGCAGGAGCCUCAUACACUUUUGUGCUUUGAUUUCCAAUCUCAGUUUGUCUCUGUUUGCACGUGUAUAUUCAGACUGAACGGCACGGGUCAGCUGCGGUACACUACCUGUCCUCUCUCACCUUGUCAGCUCAGACUGUUUUUAAUGUUUUUUUGAAAAACUUUUUUAAACAGGUCAGUGAUCUGCCGCCAAGUUAGUGUUUCUAAGAACAUGAUGUGCCUUUUCAUGGUUGAGUUUUGUUUUUUUUUUCCUGCUUGUGUUUGACAGUCUGUUGUGGCAUGUCAGGGUUCACGUCUGGAGCCUGGAAAAGACAAUUCACACACUCAUGAUACAACCUUCAGUCCCUCAUUUAACUCCACAGAUCAGAUAAAGCAAUCAGUUUUUUCUGAUUCAUUCAAGAGCCUUUCCUAAAUCAGUUUCAUUGUUCAGUAAAUUUGAAAUUAUUGAAUUUUCAUAUCAUUUUAAUUUAAUGCAGUUUAGUUUUAUGUAAUCAGUCCAAACCUUGUGAUUUGUUACACCCCGGUUGAGUGGUUUAGGUUUGGAAAAUACUGUUUGGCCAUUCACUGUUAACCUUCAGUGAUUUUAGGAAGAAAGGAGAAUAACAGUGUGAAAUGUCAGUUCAACACAUGUUGCGGUCCAUUCUUGAAAACAUUAGGAUCUUUUCAGUGGAUUUACGUGCUUUCUAGUAAUUGGAUUACCCACUUCCAGCAGUAAUUUGAUUUCAGAAGCAUCCAUGUGAACACAAAAUGUGUGUCCCUUUUCCCCAGUGAAUAAAUGAGCAAUAACCAGUUUUUCUGCAGUAUUAGAAACUCUGUAUAAACUGGUGUUUUGGAGUAAUCAGAUUAAUGCAGCACAUGUACUAUACUUAAAGUGGCUUUCUGGUUUUAUUGCCUUAAACUGAUUACUCACAGCAUUCUGUUGUCUUGCAUUUCAGACUCUACGUCUAAAGCAGCGAUACAGUGAGAAAGGAACAACAGUGGUGUUAUCCUUUAAUUUAAAGGAUAGGGCUGCUGAUGAUCUGUAGUUUUGUUAUUGUCAACUGAUCUGCAAAUCCAAACACCAUGCUAGUCUGUCUCUCAAUUCUUCCUGAGUCCCCUACCCUCUGUUGCUCUCAGCCCAAAGCCUAUUGGUUCCUACAGAAGAUGUAAACUUUUAAAAAUGGCUGACAAAUAUAUAUAGAAAUUUGCUAAAACUAAAGCACUGGGCACAGGAGGAAAUUUUGCAUUUGCUGGGCACUAUUUUCAGCUGCGGAUUAAUACCCAUUUGCUUUAGAGAAUAUUUCUGGCAGCAGGACGGCGUGCCCGUGUUUGUUGUUUUGAAGGAAUCUUAUUUGUUGACAAUAAUAUAUAGACUAUCACCAGACUUAUCCUCACCGUUGUACAUGUCAGAGUCCAGUUGAGUUCAUACUAGAAAACAAACCAACAGUGAAAUGUGGCGUAGAUGUUUUUUUCUCAAUAAAAACAUUUUAACCUCCAGUGACCCAUCUUAACAGAAAUAAGAGCUCUGUCCCCUGUCUGUGAGCAGCUGACGAGUAGUCGGUCAGACUGGUUUUGUUGCAGCACUUACUUUAUGUUAGUCAGACUUAUUCAAAGCAUGCUGUCCAUCAGAUUAUCAGCUGUUUGGUUUCAGCAGAAAUCAGCUCUGUCUGUUCCUGAAAACUGAAACACCAAUGUUUUCUUCACUGUCUUUGUUAAUCUCAGCAUCGAAUGUCUACAUUGUAUCCAAAAACAAAACCACUGCUACUUAGUCAUACAAACAUUUUAUCAAUAAUUCAGUUCCCGCCUUGUUUGAAGCUGUCCGUUAGCAUCAGUGUCUGAAACACCAGGGAUGAUUGUGGUCCAAGCAGCAGGAGGUGAAUAACGCAAUGACAACAUUUUUUUGUUUUCACAGUCCUUGACGAGUAAGAGGGAUAUAACUUUAUUUUUAAAUAAACCUUUUUUCUGUGACAAAA